AUGGAAUCCAGAGUUCCCUCGCUCCGUUAUCCAAACCAGGCCGUCCCGCCCGCUGCAGACGCCGCCGCGAACGCCCCCCGCCCGGCGGGCCUCAGGCCGAGCCUACACUCCCUCCGCCGUCGCCACGUCCUGCGGUUUGUAGAGCGCGACGCUGGAGACGAUGUGCCGAACGCCCGCGUGACAGGGCAGAAGCGGCGCAUCCAAGAGUUCCAGAAACGAUGGGAGAGGAUCAAAGAUGACCUCCCACCUCAGCUCACGCGUUCGCAUAUCGGGAUGAUAUCUAUUGGCGGUGUCAUUGGAACGGGCCUUUUCCUAGGAUCCGGAGCUGCGCUGCACAACGGGGGACCCGUAGGUGCCCUGCUCGGGUACCUCAUCAUGGGCUCUGUCGUGUACUGCCUCUGCGUCUCCAUCGGCGAGAUGAUCGCCUUUCUGCCAAACGUAGGCGGCGUCGUUGGACUUGCAGACCUGUAUGUGGACCGAGCGCUCGGGUUCUCUCUGGGAUGGGCCGCAUGGUAUAACUGGAGUGUGACACUGCCUGCUGAAGUGACCGCAGCAGUGGUCGUCGCCGGAUACUGGAACUCGGGCAAAAUUCCUGUUGCAGGUUUGACGGCCGUCUUCCUCGCGCUGGCGACCAUCAUCAACUGCUUCCCUUCCCAAGUCUACGGCUCGUUCGAGUACCAUUUCUCAGCCAUCAAGGUGCUCACCAUCGUCUGCAUCAUCGUGCUCACCCUGGUCAUCGACCUCGGCGCCGGAAGCUCAGAGUUCCGGUUCUUCGACACGUGGAAGCACCCGUUCACCGACAGCUACCUCGGGGUCACCGGUGCCCUCGGUCGCUUCCUCGGCUUCUGGGCCGUCCUGAUGCAGGCCGCCUUCUCGUUUUUCGGGUCCGAGGUCCCAGGAAUCGCGGCGGGCGAGGUCAUCGAUGCCACUCGGAAUGUUCCUAGGGCGUUGCAGCGCGUGUGGAUCCGGAUAUCGUUGUUCUACAUCGGCGGAAUCUUCUGCGCCGGCCUGCUCGUCGACAGGAACGACCCGGACCUGACGAGCGGCGCCAACGCGGGCACCGUCAAGGCCUCGCCGUUCGUGAUCGCGUUCCAGCACGCGGGCAUGUACUGGAUCUCGCACGUCAUCAACGCCGCCGUCCUGCUCUCCGCCUGGUCCGCCGCGGCGUCCGACAUCUACAUCAGCAGCCGCUUCCUCUUCUUCCUCGCCCGCCGCGGACACGCGCCCCAGCUCUUUGCGUCCCUCGUGCGCUACCCGCGUGGCGCCACGUCGGACGGGGCUGCACCGCAAUCUGGCGAGGAGGUAUUGUCGUCUGAUGAUGACGACGACGAUGACGAUGGCGAUGGCGAUGGCGAGAGCGGUGGCGGGGAGGAGGAAGAGGAGGACGCGGCGGAGCCCGGACUCGACACUCCGCCGACAACACCACCGACAACGCCGCCGGCGCCGGGAGACGACCUGGAGGACGGCGCGCAGAAGAAGCCGUGGUUCGUGCUCCCGCUGAACGCCGUGCUGGGCUCGGCCGCGGUCGGGCUGCUCGCGUUCCUGAACGUCACCGGGCCGGGGGCACAGACGGCGUUCAACUGGAUGAUCUCGGUCACGAGCAUCGCGUCGUUGCAGUCGUGGGCCGGGAUGAUGUUCACGUACAUCAGAUGGUACCAGGGCACGGCGCACGCCGAGAACAAGUACCGCGACGCCCAGCGCCUCGAGCUCGCGGACGAAGACGUUGACGAGCACCCGGACGCGGCCAAGAUCAAGAAGGCGCGGCUCGUCGUCCGCCAGAUCGCGCGCAUCCGCGUGCACAGGCACCGUGGCCAGCCCUACCUCGCGUGGUGGGCGUUCGGUGUCUGCAUGCUCAUCCUCUUCACGAACGGCUGGUCCGUGUUCCUGCACAGCGGCUGGCGCAUCGCGGACAUCCCCGACGAGGCACCCAAUCCCUACGCGCCGUCUGAGCAGCCGUCGGCCCCGAUCUCGAGCUUCCUCGCGUCGUACGUGCCCAUCCCCUUCUUCCUGCUGCUCACCUUCGGCUACAAGCUCAUCUACCAGACCAAGAUGGUCGCGCUCGACGACAUGGACUUCUCGCGCGUGAACGUGGAUGACGACGCCCAGCGCGACCCAGAUUACGCCUCCCCGCUCGCGAGGGUGCUGGGCUGGCUGCUGGUCUCCUGAGGCCCGUCCGCACUCGCUCCACUGUUGUGUAUCACCCAGAAGGGGUGCGCCGCAGGUGGAUGCGCGGCCCGUACAGCUGUGUCACUGGGUAGCACGCUCGUGCAAAUCAUGGUCGGACAGGAGCGUGUAGCUGAGUUUCUCUGGUUUUCACCCGAGAAAAAUCGGAGACAAUAUUUUACUUUUCUCCCAGUUACAUAAAGAUAGAGCCUUCGCUAUAUGAUACAUAUAUAUGAGCUGUACCAUUAGGCGGCCAUAGGCCAUUAGCGAUACAAGCAGC